AUGACAUCACUUGUCUCUCUCACCUCUGGUACUGUGAGUCAAGGCAUUAACCAAGAACGCAUCUUCACAAUGGCCAUACUAAUUCUUCACAACAUGGCCAUCUUAUCCGAAUUGCCCGACGAGACCCUCCACCGAGUUCUCGAAUUCGUCACAACUGACCGCGAGUCUCUUGAAAGCGCCAGCCUCCUGAACAGCCGCUUCAAUAAAAUCGCCUUUCCUCUGCUCGUGCGCCAAUGGAACAACAGCCAAGAAUGUCUUGAACCUUCCAUUGAGAGACUUGCGCUUCACCUUCUUCGAAACCCUGAUCUCCGGCGGCAGGUUGAAAGGCUGGACUUUGGCUAUCUUCGGCCCUUGCACGAGCAUGACCCUGAUUCAGUUGACUUGAGCCUUGAGAGUCUAGCUGCUCUCGCAGACGCUGCUGGGAAGGAUCUGGAGGUAUCCAUGUUUCUCUCGACACACGUGUGCCAUCGCAUACGUCUUGGGUGCGAGGAUGCUGUCGCUGUGUUGAUCCUGGCUUGGUGUACAAGGUUGACCCAUCUGACCAUUACGGUGCCUGCCUUCUAUCCUGAAUCCCGCCAACAUUUUAUGCCUCUGCUUUACGUUAGGGAGGCUAUUUGUCGAUUGCUUGACGAACCGGCUGAAAUGGCACAACAGUUGCCCCUUGGGCAAAUUCGUCAUGUUACCUUGCAACCCUGGAACAGUGAGGAAGUUUUCGACAUGGCGUAUGCUAGAUCGUUCUUGCACCUUCCUUGUAUUCAGACUUUCUGUGUCUAUGGCUUAAUAGAUGAUCUGGAAAGCGAGUUGGAUAACGGGGACAAUGAACUUCCUCUAACAUUCCAUGAUGAUUACGAGCUGCCUUUCUCAGUUUCUACAUCACCAAUCAAGGAGUUGACCAUUGUUGGAUGCUUGCGAUCUGGCGUCCCAGAGUUCAUCAGUGCAUGUCGAGCACUCGCAAAGCUCAACGUUCGAGUCGACCAUGGGCUGGACAUGUACGGUUUUCCAGAUCAGAGAGAACUAGCAAAGGCUAUUUUGAAACACAAAGACUCUCUGGAGGACCUGGACCUCGACGUUAGUAUCACAAGGUUUCCCAACCCAGACCCUAUUUUGGAGUCAGCCUACUCACAACUGUCACGUAUCUAUACGCUUGCGGUUCAUAUCGUCGACUUCUUUGAAGAUGCCCAUGAGAGCUGCAUCAAGAUCGUCCUUGAUCGAAUACCCAAAGAUAUCCAAGUUCUCAGGCCUCGCUCCCAUAAGUUCAUCGAAACGUGGGUCGGCAGUAGUAAUGACCCGUUCCUUGAGCCAUACCUGGAGGGUAUUAUAGAACUACUUGAAGAGACCGGACCACAGGGGCGGUUUAGCAAGCUGAAGGUCUUGGAUCUCUCGGAAGCAUUUGUGGAUGAUCCGAUUAUGUUUGAUAUCAGGAGGAUUAAGCAGUUGGCUACAUCUAGAGAGGUCAAACUUUUGUUGCAUGACUGA